AUGGCCGCCAUCCAGCUUAACUUCACUCUCCGCACUUCCGCCAACUGCAAGACCGUCCACCUUCUCGGCUCCUGGGACGGCUACCAGGGUCAGCUCCCGCUCUCCAAGGACACCAAGAAGACUGGUGGUUGGGUCGGCUGCUUCAAGUUCCAGGGUGCCACCCUCAAGCAGGGCCAGCGCUACUGGUACUACUACAUCAUCGACGGCUACCACGUCUCCCACGACCCCGCCAAGGACCACACCACCGAGCCCACCACCGGCCGCAAGCUUAACAUCAUCGACAUCCCGUCCAAGGCUGCCGCCGCACCCGCCAAGUCCUCCAGGGAGUCCCGCCGUACCUCCCAGAACAUCCCCAAGGGACGUGGUGUCUCUCCUUCCCGCAUCGUUGCCCCCAAGCCCCAGCGCCCCGGUGAGACUCGCCAGGUCAUCAACACUCAAUACAACCAGACCACCCUUGAGGAGCUCAACCGCCGCUUUGCUCGCCAGGACAUCAACUCCGACUCCGAGGACGACUCCGACUCUGACGCCGACUCUGACGUUCCGUCGCUCACCUCUUCCCGUUCUUCCGGCAGCUCCUCGCCAUCCAGUGUCAGCUCUGGUAGCUCAUGCUGCACAUGCGAGCGCUACGGAAUCACGCGCAAGGGUGACCGCGUCAAGCUCGACUGCGGAGGUGCCCGCUGCUCUUUCUCCGACGAGUCGGACGAGUGCAGCUCCGAAGACGAGUACGUCUACGAGGAGAAGAAGACCCGCCGCCACGGUGUCAUCAUCCGUAACUAA